AUGCUCGUGUCUUGUAUUAGGCGGCAAGCUGACCGUCGUACUCGUCAUCACAUGAUGCUUGACGGCCAGAUCAACCCUCGUGAGUGGAUGAACUGGCAUCCGAAGGAGUACCAGCCGUGGUAUUUUGAUCGCCAUAAGUUUCUUUAUGAGCGGCAACAAUACGCACACUUUCACCACCUUCUUUGUCAUCAGGUCUUUCUUAAAGAUAUGCUUCAUUUGGUGCAGCACCCAGAACCUUAUACGCACAUUGUCGAUUGUAGGACUUCGCCGCUAAAGAUGCAUCGUUGGGUUCCUCACAGUUGGUGGCUACCAAGGGAUGAAGUUGAGUAUGCUCUUCAACUUACCCCAGACGAGUUUGCUGACAUGUAUGGGUUUCAUAAACCACGUAAGUCAGACGAUGUUAUUCUUGUUUCCCACAACGGCCUUUACUCUGAACAGGCCGGUUGGGAAUGGAAGAAACAGUUUUACCAGCACGUUUACAAUUACCGUGGCGGGACAAAUGAACUGUUUGGGGAGCAAUACAAUGACGUAGCGUUGAAGGAUUCUCUUCCGCCUUGGAAGGGGCCGUUUCCGCAAAGUGGUAUUUUUGUGGAUAAAUGGAGUAAACGGAAGGUCUUGACGCGAACAGGACCGUUUGACCGUCAGUACGAGAUGCAGGACUUUGCACUUCCAGAUCUUGAGCUGGAGAGGCCUCGGCAUCCGGAGGAGGGUCCCCGGCAAAACAUGCCGUAUGGACUCCAGUAA